AUGCAGGAUCUUUGUGGGAAAAAAGCAGAAGGGAUGACGCAGGUGGCCUCCUGGGAAAGUGAAGGGAACCUGAAAUUGGGUAACGGGGUCCAUCCUACACUGGGCAUGAGGCAACAGGAAGAGAGGCCCAGUUCACCUGGGGCUGGUUUGGAGGGUCUAGAAAAUAUAAAAAGUGAAGCUCUCCUGGCCCACAGGGAAAAGAAAAAUGGGCCAAUUCACAGCUGCAAUCGUUGGGAGAAUUUCCUGUCUGGGAGUCUGGAAACUGCCAAGAGUGGAAAGCUGCAGCCAGCCAGCGAGGCCUCUGUUGUCACUGGCCCAAACAACAACAAAAACAACCGCAACAACAACAACAACAACAAAACAUGCCACGUGUGCACCGGCAUAUACAAACACGCCCACAGAACCAAACCAAGCGGACAAGGCUUCAAGGAGAGCUUCUGGGCGGCUCAUUCCCGUGUGAAGCUGUGGUAUACCAAUCUAGACAGCUCAGUGGCAAGCACUGAGGCGAAGGCUAAUGUGUGCUGUGUUAAAUUCAGCCCCUCUUUCAGAUACCAUUUGGCUUUUGGCUGUGCAGAUCACUGUGUCCACUACUAUGAUCUUCAUAACACUGAACAGCCAAUCAUGGUAUUCAAAGGACACCAAAAAGCAGUCUCUUAUGCAAAAUUUGUGAGUGGUGAAGAGAUGGUCUUUGCCUCAACAGACAGUCAGCUAAAACUGUGGAAUGUAGGGAAAUCAUACUCUCCAUGUUCCUUUAAGGGUCAUAUCAAUGAAAAAAACUUUGUAGACCUGGCUUCCAAUGGAGAUUAUAAAGCUUGUGGAAGUGAAAAUAGCUCUCUCUAUCUGUACUAUAAAGGACUGUCUAAGACCUUGCUAACUUUUAAGUUUGAUGCAGUCAAAAGUGUUCUGGACAAAGACCGAAAAGGAGAUGAUACAAAAGAAUUUGUUAGUACUGUGUGCUGGAGGGCACUACCAAAUGGAGAUUCCAAUGUGCUGAUUGCUGCUAACAGUCAGGGUACAAUUAAGGUGCUAGAAUUGGUAUGAAGGGUUAACUCAAGUCAAAUUGUACUUGAUCCUGCUGAAAUACAUCUGCAGCUGACAAUGAGAGAAGAAAAAGAAAAUGUCAUGUGAUGUCUCUCUCCAAAGUCAUCGUGGGUUUUGGAUUUGUUUUGAAUAUUUUUUCUUUUUCUCUUUUCCCUCCUUUAUGACCUUUGAGACCUUGGGAAUACCCAGCCAACUCUCCAUCAUCAAUGUAACUCCAUGGACAUUAAUGCUCUUGGUGAUGUGGUUAUCUAAUUUUUGUGGUAGAGAAACAAAUUCUUUUGAAUAAAAAUAAAUAACAACAAAAAAAUAAAUAAAAGUUU